AUGGUAAUCACAACAUGGGAAGAAGCCACGUUGUCGUAUGACCACAAGACUACCAAGGAAAAACCUUUUUAUGAAGACUUUUUGUCUUCAUGGAAACCACGCGUGUCAUACCAUUUCAACGAAGAGGUCUCGCGGUUUCAUUUUGGAGUACGACAUCCUAUGAAACCCUUUCGACUAAUGCUAACAGACCACCUAGUUCUUGGUUAUAAAUUACAUGAGUGUAUGGAUUUGUAUCGACCACGACGAGCAACACGAGAAGAGAUUUUAGAAUUUCAUGACGAUGCAUAUAUUGACUUUUUGCAACGCGUGACUCCGGAUAACGUCAAAGAAUUUACCAAGGUUUUUACCAAGUUCAAUAUUGGUGACGACUGUCCUAUUUUUGACGGAAUGUACGACUAUUCUUCUAUUUAUACAGGCGCAUCGUUAGACGCAUCACGGAAACUUAUUAAUGAACAAAGCGACAUUGCAAUCAAUUGGUCUGGAGGCCUUCACCACGCGAAAAAGUUUGAAGCUUCUGGGUUCUGCUAUAUUAAUGAUAUUGUGCUAGGGAUUUUAAAUCUUUUACGGUAUCACCCUCGUGUGCUGUAUAUUGAUAUUGAUGUGCAUCAUGGAGAUGGAGUACAAGAGGCCUUUUAUGCAACUGACAGAGUGAUGACAUUGUCAUUCCAUAAAUACAAUGGGGAUUAUUUCCCAGGAACGGGCAAUGUGGAUGAGAUUGGCAGUGGAGUCGGCAAACACUAUUCAUUGAAUGUACCAUUACGAGAUGGUAUUGAUGAUGAUUCAUAUAUUCGAUUGUUUAAGAGUAUUGUGGAACCAGUAUUAACAUCGUAUCAGCCUGGGGCUAUUGUGCUGCAGUGCGGCGCUGACUCACUGGGGUGUGAUCGUUUGGGAUGCUUCAAUCUUAACACCAAAGCUCAUGCUGAGUGUGUCCGGUUUGUGCGAAGCUUUAACUUACCCAUGAUGGUUGUUGGAGGGGGUGGGUAUACUCCACGCAACGUUUCCAGGCUAUGGUGCCUAGAGACUUCGGUGUGCCUUGACGUUGAGCUGGACUCGCGGUUACCGGCAUCUAUUCCGUUUGUCAAAUACUUUGCACCGGAUUAUUCGUUAUUCCCCAAUCUUUCUGGUAAGAUUGACAAUAAAAAUAGUCGCAAGUACCUGGAGAGUGUAAAGACUCAAGUAAUGGAGCAACUGCGGUACUUGAAUGGUGCACCAUCGAUCCAGAUGCAAGAGGUGCCACCAGAUUUGAUGGGGUAUGACCAAGAGACGGAUUGUGCAAUGGCUGAUGAGCGGAGUGACCGAACAACCGAUGAGCGGGACGCGGAGCAGGAAGCUAAGGAUGGGGUUCGACGCGGGGAACAGGUGGAGUAG